AACCCCAUUUUCAUCAAAUUUAUAUAGAAGUACAUAAGCCAUGGACAUUCAAUUUCCUUAUAGCAUUAUUUUCUUGCUUCCAACAUUUUUACUUGUUGUUCUAUCCUUCAUCUAUUCAAAAAAAACUGGUAAGUCUCGGCCCUUCCCAAAAUCAUACCCACUAAUUGGUUCUUCAUUACAAUUCAUAAAAAACCGCCACAACAUUAUUAUUUGGAUUUCAGAAAUCUUCCAAAAAUCAUCAUCUAAUUCCACCAUCACCCUCCAAGGUCUAAAUGUGAUAUUCACUAUAAAUCCUUCGAACGUUCAGCAUAUUCUCAAAACUCGCUUCAAUAUCUACGGAAAAGAAAGCUCACUAAAAGAAGCUUUAUCUGAUUUUUUCGGAUAUAAUGGCCUUUUUCUUAUUGAUGGAAAGGAAUGGAAGUGCCAAAGACAAUUUCUGGGUCAUGAUUUCAACUUAAAAGGGUUCCAAAAUUUUGUCCAAUCUGUGACUGAGAAAGAAAUGUCGAAUCGCCUUCUCCCUUUUCUAAAGUCAGCAGCAGCCAUGAACAAAUCCACACUUGACCUACAAGAAACCUUUCGUCGAUUGACUUACGACUUGGUAUGUCAAAUUGGGUUCAGUUAUGAUCUUCAAUACUUAUUACCAUCUCUACCACCAACCCCAUUUGCAGAUGCUUAUGAAACUGCAUUGAAGAUCAGCAUGGGAAGGUACACCACCUUGCCUUUCAUAUGGAAAGUUAAGAAAAAAUUCAACACCAAGUCUCAAAAGAGACUCAAACAUGUGGUAGAUGAGAUACAAGAAUUUAUGGGGAAAAGGAUAAAGGAAAAGAAGGAAAAGCUUGUGAAUAAUAGGAAAUGGAUAGAUGAUCAUGACGACCUUUUCGACAGAAUAAUGAAACGGGGACAAGAUAAAUUACAAUUAGGCGAGGCGUAUUACGUUGAUGCAGCCAUUAACUUUAUCUUAGCAGGUCAAGAUACAUUGUGUUCAGCUUUGACAUGGUUUUUUUGGUUAGUCUCAACUAACCCUAGUGUGGAAAUUGAGAUUGUAAAGGAAAUUAAAGAGAAAGAUGAUUGGAGGGAAAUGGUUUAUACACAUGCUUCAAUAUGUGAAAGCAUGAGAUUGUACCCACCUGUCCCAGUGGAAGGAAAACAAGCAGCAGAAGAUGAUGUUUGGCCUGAUGGGACAAAAGUGAAGAAAGGAAUGAGAGUUUGUUUUCAUAUCCUUGCAAUGGGAAGGUCAGAAGAGUUGUGGGGUUCAAAUUGGGCAGAUUUUCGUCCCGAAAGAUGGUUGGAUAAAAGUGUUGAAACGGGAGAAUGGAGGUUUAUUGCAAGAGACCCUUUCACCUACCCAGUGUUUCUAGCAGGGCCAAGAACUUGUCUAGGAAAACAAGUUGCUUUUAUUCAAAUGAAAAUGGUUGCUUCUACUAUUUUGAAGCAUUUUCGAGUCAUUCCUUCUAUGGAAGAUUUUGUUCCAUCUUAUCAUUCAUCUGUGACAUCGAAGAUGAAAAAUGGCUUUCCAGUAAAAAUUCUGGAGCGUUUCUGAACAUUAUGCUGUGUGACAACAAGAUCUGUCACAUAAAUAGAUAGAGCUUGCUUGGAUCCAACAUUUAAAAUUUAUGGGUUCAAUCUUUAAAGUUCUUAGUAGUAUGGGUUAAUCAAACCUAUCAUUUGUUAUAAUUUUAACGAACUUUUACAUGUAAA